AUGCAGAACAGUCACAGCGGCGUGAAUCAGCUCGGCGGGGUGUUUGUCAACGGGCGGCCGCUGCCAGAUUCAACCCGGCAAAAAAUCGUGGAACUGGCCCACAGCGGGGCCCGGCCGUGCGACAUCUCCCGAAUCCUGCAGGUGAAAACGCCAGUCGCCUCCCCAGUUGGAGCCAGCCCGGGCUUGUCAUUGUUUAAUGCAUACUUAAACAAUUUUAUUUUUGUGUCGAAUGGCUGUGUGAGUAAAAUUCUGGGCAGGUAUUACGAAACUGGCUCCAUUCGACCGCGGGCCAUCGGAGGUAGCAAGCCGAGAGUAGCGACUCCAGAAGUUGUAAGCAAAAUAGCACAGUAUAAGCGGGAGUGCCCCUCGAUCUUCGCUUGGGAGAUCCGAGACAGAUUACUAUCGGAGGGGGUCUGUACCAACGAUAAUAUACCCAGCGUCUCUUCGAUCAACCGAGUCCUACGCAACCUGGCUAGCGAAAAGCAACAGAUGGGAGCAGAUGGAAUGUAUGACAAGCUAAGGAUGCUGAAUGGGCAGACAGGGACGUGGGGCACCAGGCCUGGGUGGUACCCAGGCACAUCUGUCCCAGGACAACCAACACAAGAUGGCUGCCAACAGCAAGAAGGAGGGGGCGAAAAUACCAAUUCCAUCAGUUCAAAUGGAGAAGAUUCAGAUGAGGCCCAGAUGAGGCUCCAGUUGAAAAGAAAGCUGCAGAGAAAUCGGACGUCCUUUACCCAAGAACAAAUCGAAGCACUUGAGAAAGAGUUUGAGAGAACCCAUUAUCCUGAUGUGUUUGCCAGGGAGAGACUAGCUGCCAAAAUAGACCUGCCUGAAGCAAGAAUACAGGUAUGGUUUUCCAAUAGGAGGGCAAAGUGGAGACGAGAAGAGAAACUAAGAAACCAGAGAAGACAAGCCAGCAACACCCCGAGUCACAUUCCCAUCAGCAGUAGUUUUAGCACAAGUGUCUACCAGCCGAUCCCACAACCCACAACACCGGUUUCCUCUUUCACAUCAGGUUCAAUGCUGGGCAGAACAGACACCGCGCUAACAAACACAUACAGUGCUUUGCCACCCAUGCCUAGUUUCACAAUGGCUAACAACCUGCCUAUGCAACCCCCAGUACCCAGCCAGACUUCCUCUUAUUCUUGCAUGUUGCCCACAAGUCCAUCAGUAAAUGGGAGGAGCUAUGAUACAUACACCCCUCCUCAUAUGCAGACACAUAUGAACAGCCAGCCAAUGGGCACUUCUGGAACCACUUCAACAGGUCUAAUUUCUCCUGGAGUGUCAGUUCCUGUUCAAGUUCCUGGCAGUGAACCUGAUAUGUCUCAGUACUGGCCAAGGUUACAGUAA